AUGUUAAAUGAACAAAUUAAGUAGACGCUCAAUAAAUAAACAAAACCAUUUCUCGAAUCUUAAUUCUCUCGAAAAACAAGUACACUUAGGAAAAGAUCAAAAGCACGCUCCACUAUCAGUAUUCAAGAUAUUCCCUCAUAUUCACCAUCUAAGGAAAUUUCUUCUGAAUAAAAACUUACUAGAUUCUAAACAUAAUAGAAGACUUAAUAAACGGGUUCUCAAAAUGGCAAUUCAGUUAGUUGCCAAACCAACAUGUCUGUCAGUUGUUUUGAUGAACCUUUACCUGAUAUUCCUCCCUCUGAUCCUAUAUGGCUAAUAGUCAUACCACAUGAAGAAUUGAAAGGUUCAUCUGUUGAACAACUAUUUAACUAAAAUAAAGAAUAUUUUUAUUAAUUGUUGGGUUAGUACUUCAAAGAGUAAAUGAAAAGAGAUUUCAAUAAAAAUAAAUUUAAUUUAUCAACAAAGUUGAAAACCCACUCUGAUUGUGAUUUCAAGUUUUAAACUCCUGAAAAAUUACUGCUUAUUAAAUAUUCUGAAAAUUUUAAAACUACUUAAAAUUAUUAGUUAGUUUAAACUUUAUAUAAAACUCACAAUUUUGAAUACUCAUCUCUAAAUUACUAAAUCAAGUCAAAGAAAUUACAAUUUGAAAAAAUAAAACAAUAAUUUCCUAAAUUUACAAUUUCUUAAGUAUAUAUAAAAACUCUUAAUUUUAGAAUAAUAAGACGGGUCAUAAACUUUAAAGAAAUUCUUGUCCCAGAUUAUCUACUUCUCUAGAAUUCUAAGUUUAAACUUAAAAGAAUUACAAUAAAUAUUUAAUAUAGCCAUAAAUGAUCGAAUAAAAUAAAAAUAAUUAAACAAAAUUGUACAUCACAAAUUCUUUAACUAAGGAAUCCAAUAUUAUCCAACGAAGUCUUUUUUGAAAAAUAAACUGAAUCGUAUUUCUAAUAUCCACUACAUCCAUUGCCAAAAACUACUUAAUCAUAUCAAAAAUAAUAUUCUGCUUUCAUCAAAAAGUAAAAUUAUUUUGAUUAUUUAGUAAAGGACCUAAAAUUGGAGAUGUUACUUAAAUGAAGAAUUGGCGAUAAAGUGUUUUAAAAAAAAUAAAUCAAUGUAAAAGCUAAUUGUAGAACUGA